AUGUUCCUCUUUCCUUCUCUCUCUCUCCACCUCUUUUUCUCUCUUUCAAACCAUAAAAUCUGUUUUAUAUUGAAUUUUCUCUCUUUUUUCUUUUCUUUUUUUUUCCUUUUAUUACCUUUUUCUUUUUCUUUUUUUCCUUUUUAUUUUUUUUUUUUUUUUUUUACUUUUUUCCUUUUUUUUCCUUUUUCUUUUUCUUUUUUCCUUUUAUUACCUUUUUCUUUUUCUUUUUUCCUUUUAUUACCUUUUUCUUUUUUCCUUUUAUUACCUUUUUCUUUUUCUUUUUUCCUUUUAUUACUUUUUUCUUUUUUCCUUUUAUUUCCUUUUUCUUUUUCUUUUUUCCUAUUAUUACCUUUUUCUUUUUUCCUAUUAUUACCUUUUUCUUUUUUCCUUUUAUUACCUUUUUCUUUUUCUUUUUUCCUUUUAUUACCUUUUCCUUUUUCUUUUUUUCCUUUUAUUUCCUUUUUCUUUUUUUCCUUUUAUUUCCUUUUUCUUUUUUUCCUUUUAUUUCCUUUUUUUUUUUUUUUUUUUUUUUUUUUUUUUUUUUUUUUUCUUUUUUUCCUUUUAUUUCCUUUUUCUUUUUUUCCUUUUAUUUCCUUUUUCUUUUUUUCCUUUUAUUUCCUUUUUCUUUUUUUCCUUUUAUUUCCUUUUUCUUUUUUUCCUUUUAUUUCCUUUUCUGUUUCUUUUCUCUUCUCUGUUUCUUUUCUCUUCUCCUUUUCUUUUUUAAUUUUUGAAAUGCAAUUUGGUGGUGAAGAUGGAGAAGGAAUUUUUGUAUCGUUCAUUUUGGCAGGAGGACCUGCAGAUCUCAGUGGAGAAUUACGGAGGGGUGAUCAAAUACAUUCAGUCAAUGGCCUUGACCUCCGGUGGGCCAGCCAUGAGGAGGCAGCUGCAGCUCUUAAAGGAGCUGGAGAUACAGUGGAAAUUGUUGCUCAAUAUAAACCAGAAGCAUUCAUCAACACUGAGAAACAUGACGAUAAAUCCGCUGAUGAGGCUGAUGAUGAUGAUGAUGAUGAUGCCAAUGAAUACAACCGGUUUGAAACCAAAAUUCAAGACCUACGGGAACAAAUAAUGAACACAAGCACUGGCAGCUUACGAACAACACAAAAACGAACUUUAUAUGUCAGAGUUGAGCGGAAGGAGCGAGCACGAUUGAAGAUUGUCAAGUUUACUGGCAAAGGGAAUGAUAAGGCAGCAGCAGCAAAUGAAAAAAGGAAAAAGAAUUUCUCAUUUUCUAGAAAGUUCCCGUUUAUGAAGAGCAAGGACCAUAGUGGAAGUGAAGAUGUUAGUGCUGAUGAACAAGGCGACUAUCCUGGCCAAGUGAAAUACACACGGCCUGUUAUAAUCUUAGGUCCUUUAAAGGACAGAAUUAAUGAUGAUCUAAUCUCUGAAUUCCCAGACAGAUUUGGAAGCUGUGUUCCCCCUGUCGUACAAGGUGAUACAGCCGAUGAAAUCUAUGCAAAAGUGAAGGAAGUGAUCCGUGAUCAGAAAAAAUACGGCCAUACCUUACAGUUGAUCUUUUUUCUUUUCUUUUUUUUUUCUUCUUUUGGUGCAGUCGCUGCUGUCUUUCUGGCUGCAUCUACAUCACACAUCAAAAUGGAUUCGACGAUCUCUAUAAAUACUUUGGACAUCAACUCCUACGAGAGUGAGCCUCGAUUUUCAUAA